AUGCUAAUGUUCCUGCUGCUGUUCAUUGCGACUCCAUGGUGUGUGGGCGCCCAGUACCCUUGUGCUUUUAUGGACACAGUUAAUAUAACCGGCAGCUACCCCCAUGAGACCCAUUUGGCUAUCAACGGCGAUGAGGUGGUCUCGAACCACAGUUACAUUUACAAGUGGAUGGUUGUGCCACCGGAUUUAGUGGCCAUCUAUGACUUCAUCAUGGUAAAUGGACAGCGUGUGAAUACGGCCCGGCAUUUACGUGCUUGUGUGUGUAAACUGAAACCCUGCAUACGAUUCUGUUGCAAUCCUGGGUUUUAUUAUAAUGUACAGGAUAACUCCUGCCAAUCACUGCCGAACAUAAAUGACACAACGAAUAUCGAUCGUGAAGCAAUGCCGGUACGUUUUCAAAAUGGCUCAACAAUAGCGGUAAAUUCUAGUACACAUUUUCUCGUCAAUAUUGGUGCACCCUGUGAAAAUAUGACGUUAGUUUUAAAGGACAACAACAAAGUCAAUUGGUUGUUGCAUGAAAAUGGUUCGAUAAUUCACAAGCAACGUUAUUUCUCGAAACAUUAUUGUUAUACGCCGUUGGCUUCACACAAGGAUAAGGAUGAUGAGAAUUUCAUUUGGCACUGGGAACCGCUAACAUGUGUUCCCGAUCGAUUUCCAUUUGUAUUGGGUGUACGUGAAUGGACUUAUGCUAUAUGUCUCAUAAUAACUGUCAUUUGCAUGAUAAUAGUGCUGUUCAUCUAUUUACUCUGCACCGAGAUGAGAAAUACAUUUUACGGAGUUGCCAUAAAAACCUACACCCUGUGUAUUAUAAUUGGAUAUUCGCUAUUGGCCCACUUGACUUUAACCAAUCCGGCGGAUAUGUCCAAAUAUGCAUGUACCAAAAUUCCUAUAUUCGCCAUGCUCUAUUUAAUUUUAUCAUUUUAUAUUUUGACUUUUAUAAGUUUUAAUUUCUAUUUGAGUUUCUUUGGCAUUUUGCUGAGUAAACUGAUGUUUUGGUUUAUGUUCUUUCCAACGGUUUUGAUUGCCGCCUGUUGGUCCUUCUUUGUCAGCUACAGCAGUUAUAAUAAUAGACCGAUGUUUGGUGGGGAUAUUUGUUGGUUUGAUCCCCGCAAUUAUUCUAUUGUUGUCUAUUUUUAUGCUCCCAUUAUAGUUGCCUAUAUUUUCAGUGGAAUAUUUUAUAUUUUAUCUCUGGUAAGGAUUGGUGAAAUGACUAAUGGCGAUUCAAGUAAAAUGUCAAUAUUUACCACGCAUAAUCGUUUCCAAUCAUUUUGGAUAUUUGUCGGCUAUACUCUGUUCGCCUGGCUAGUUUGCAUUUGCUCAUUCGUAAUUAAUUACUAUCGCGGCGAGUACACGCAUAUUAACUAUGUGGUAUGUCUGUUUGUAGCAUUUCAUGGUUUUGGUACCAUGUAUGCGUUGCUCGGUAAAAAUCAUCAGAUUCAACAAUUUUUGCGUCGCAUUGAUGACGAUAUGGAUAAUGAUGAUAUGGCCGAAAUAUCAGUUCCAAUGACAACAUAUACUUAA